GUUUGCCCUACCAGCUUCCACACCUCACCGUCUGGUGUUGCCAUGCCCUCUGCAUCGUUGCUGGAGCCGGCCAUUUACCGCUGGCUGGAUGCAGUCUCUGCAUCCCCGGCCACCGACACCACCGCUCUGGAGAGCUCGCCCCGCUAUCACGACUCAUCCGCGCCGCGAUCGACUAAGCGGCCUCGCUCAGCAGACAUGGACUCGGGUGUUGGCGUUGUCAGUGACGACCAAGAGACGCCUCGUCCUGCCAAACGCCGUCGCGACUUCGAUGACACGUUCCAUUUCUCACCAACCCGGUCCUCCAGGAGUGAGUCCACUGCGUCUGUUACUUCACACAAAAGUGGGAGGUUCAGCCCUGUCAAGCAGAUACAUGCGCUAAAAGAUCUCGAACAACCGGUCAUCUUCUGCGACUUCAACAGCGUCGACGCAGACAGUGAGUGGCCAGAUGUUGCGGCGAUGCGCACAGCAGCGCAAAUGAUUGCUGAAGGUGUCGGUAUACUGGAGUACGACAAUGCAGACGUGUUCAAUGCGUCAAUUGCCGAACUCCCUCACCUGGACAGGAUGAGGCUACAACGUCCAUGUGCGAAAGACGCUAGCAAGGCGCUCUAUGGAUCAACGCCUGCGAUCCGCAGUAUUGCCAACAUCGUCAAUGAUGCAAUCGCACUGAACACUGGUGCAGGAGGCGCUGAAGACGAGUGGAAUUCGGAUGUCCAGAAGCCACUGCUCAAGCUUGCGCUUGCUACUAGUCGGCACGCCAAUGUGCUCUCGCUUCAUUCUGUACAAUCCGCUCGUAUCGACCCUCCAGCUCUAAGCAAAAACAACCUCCCUGGGCGCAUCAUCGAUUACGUCUUCUGCCUCAAGCCUGACUCUACCAUCUCCAACGCAUAUCGGACGCUACGACCCCUCGCAGCCAACACCAACAAGUCUUGGAACCACGUUACCACCACGGCCCGAGACCUGCCCUUUGCAAUACACAUCGAGACCAAGUCCCCUUUGAAGUCUUGGACAGACGGCAAGCCCCAGAUUGGGAUCUGGAUAGACGCCUGGCUGCGGCGCUGCGAGCUGCUGUGGAAGGACGGCCGAGCCCCGACGGCAGUGAUGGCGAAAGACUGGCCAACCUUACCGGUGCUCAUCUCGCAGGGGCAUGAGUGGCAUUUGCUGGUGGUAACAAAGACAAUCGAGAGGGUGAUGAUCAGAGAGCAGGUUAUGAUCGGGAGUACAAGGAAUGUGUGCGAUGCGCUUAAGGUGGUGGCCUUGCUGCAUUGGCUGCUGAAUUGGGCAGAGACGGUUUGGCGGCCGUGGUUUUUGGAGCUGAUUGCUGGGGAAGAGGGAUGA